GUGUUGGUUGGGUUGGAAACAGUGGCCAAGAGGGAGCUCCAACCUGGCUGUGCCUCACAGCAGAGCCUGGACACAUCCCAGCUAUGGGGAGACCUGAGUGGAGGCACUGUGUGGCUGCACACACCGUCCCAUGCCAUGCAAUGUAGUGAUGUACCGUGGCUGUUUCCAACAGCUGCCUCUCCCAUUGGAUUUGUUAGCUGCUCAUGGAGUCAUAAACCAGCCUGGGUUGAAAAGGACCACAGUGAUCAUCUCAUUUCAACCCCCCUGCUGUGUGCAGGGUCACCAACCAUCAGACCAGGCUGCCCAAAGCCACAUCCAGCCUGGAAUAGUUGGCUUUGAGGUCACAAAUCCACUCAUCCAUCCCUGUGAGCAGAGCAGGCUGUGGUUUCCCCAAACCCCUUUGAGCUGUUGGCAGUAUUUCAGUCAGAGCUCCACUGUGUCACAAUCUCUUAUAGGCAGAGUUUCCUCAUCACCCUCUCAACCUGUUUCCUCCCUCGUUAGCAACACGGGCUGCUGCCACAGCAAUAGGCACAAACACAAAGGCACACAGGGAGCUCAUGAAUGAGACUCAGAUAUCCACAGUGCUCCCUUGGCUGCAGCAGUCUGGUGCUGUCAUAGCCACAGUGUGAGCAGAGCACUGCCUUCCUCAUCUUGCAUCUUCCUCCCAUUAGGAAACCAGAGUAAUUUGCACAAGAAACGGAAUAUUGGUCAUUUGAUCUUUAGCACUGUAAGCACUUUCAUUGGCAAAAGCAUUUUGUUGUUGUUGUAUCAAAUGUAAGUAUAUAUAUAUAUUGAGGUUACAGGAGAGCUAGAAGCCACAAGCAUUGCACCCUGUGCUCUCGUGUCCUCCCAUUGCAAUAGAGAAUAAGAAAUGUCCAUGUUACAUCAUUAGCUGUCCCAUUCUGGACUGUAACUGCCUUAUAUGCAGGGCUGUCUGGAUCUUUAUUUACAGCUCAUAAUAAAUGAUGGCUGUUUGAGUGCUCGCUUGUGAGUUCACUGCUCGUUGUGUGAGCUGUAUGUUCUGUUCAAGGCGUUUGGAGUCAUCCCGACAAGGUGAGCAAGUUCUUUAUCAUCCCUCCUCCACGUUUAUCUCUUGAGUUUGAUUCCGAUGCAAGUAAAGCAAGAAAGAAAAGCAGUCAUUCCUAUGGGCAACCCCCACGCGUGGCUCUGCAGGCUGGUUGAACUGGAAACCUCGUGUUCCUGCUGCCAGCUCCUGGGUGUGCUCUGCAGCACUGCUGGCUCUGAUCCCCACUGCACGGGGAGGGCUGGCAGGGUGAGAUAACACAGCUGGCUCAGCUGCCUUCUAUGGGAGGGUCGGAUGCUGCUCUGCACUUUGUUUUCUCGCCCCGAGGUCGUUGCCAUAAGGCAAUACAAGAGAUUUCCCAGCAUUUAAAGCGUUUUCUUCCUGUUUUACACAACCCAGCCGCUGCCCUCAUUCACACCACAAGUGACCAUCAAUCUCCACGCACUCUGUCAUCACAAGCGCAUAUCUCAAAGGAGUGUGCCUGACCCCUCCCUUAAGAAAACAGCUCUUGGCCCCACUGCAAACACUUCGGAUGGAGCUUAAGCCGUGGCGAAAAGAGGAAAUAAAGCUAAAAAUAAUAAUAAAGGAUAACCGAGUUCCCAGUGGAGUUCAGCCUUUACUGGGUGACGAAGGGAACCUCCCCGCUUCAGGGGGAGGAUGAAGACAGACCCCUCUGCCCCGAGCCAGGGGGCGGCUCCUCUCCCUUCGUAAUACGGGCCGGGAGGGGCCGGAUCCAGGCGGGGCUGGGGCUGGAGGAGUUCCCCAUAUGCCCGUGGGCUGCGAUGGGCUCCGUGCCGUACCGCUCGCUGCUGUCUCUGCUGCUGUCCCCGCUGUCUGUGCUGCCCGCAGUGUGCGGUGACUGUGGGCCACUGCCCAACCUCAACAGGGCAGAGCCCCCUGAGGACGACAGGCACAAGGACAGCUUCCCUGUGGGCUACCAAGUGACCUAUAGAUGCCUCCAGAAUUACUCGAAGAUCCCAUCGCGGUCGGAUACAAUCGUGUGCUUUAAUAACUCCCGAUGGUCCAGACUGCAGGAGUUUUGUGACCGCAGCUGCCAGAGCCCUCCCCAAGUGCCCUUUGCCAAACUAUCAGAAGAAGAUGAAAUGAAGAACUUUUACGCUGUUGGGAUCACAGUGCGCUAUGACUGCAGGCCAGGCUAUGAGAACAGCACUGCUGUGCCCCCCAGCAGCACCUGCAGAGAGAAUUCAACAUGGUCAGAAGUCCCUGAGCUGUGUCACAAGCUGUCUUGUGGUCCUCCAACAAACCCAGAACACGGCACUGUUGUGGUAACGGAUCACCUCUUCCUUGCAAAAGCCGAGGUGGUUUGUGAUGAAGGGUACACGCUGUCAACAAAGGUAUCUUUCAUCCGAUGUUCCAUCCGAGGAGAUGGGGUUGCCUGGACUCCACUUCCAACAUGUCGGGCUUCUCCCUCCGGACCUGGCACUGGAGCAGUGACAAACCCAACCACUCAUUUGGAAGAGGAAGCAUCAGAGAACCACUACAUCCUACCACUUAUCCUCGUCCCUUGUGUCAUUGGAACUGCUGUGAUUGUUGCUUGGAGCAUCAACAAGUGCAGUGCGAAUAAAAAGACGGGGUCUUACAAGCCAAAUCCAGGGGAUGUAGAGCAGAACCCACCCCAAGAGGAACACGGAGCUGAUGUGUGUGUAGGGGGAGCUGAAAGCAACUCCUGACAGCACCAGGAUGUGUUGAGAAGCAGAUCCAAACUCCCUUUGGAUUCAGCUCCUUCUCCCUUUAGAUAAUACUUUACUUUUAGUGCCAGAAGAACAUUUUCCCCCAGUUCUUAAGCCGAGACUUUUAACCUUCAAUCAUCGUUUCUUUCUUUCUUUAAGAAGAAAGAAAGAAACCAGGAAAACACUGCAUUUGCACCAGGAAAACACUGCAUUUGCACAUCCUUGUGUGAUUCCAUCACUGUUUUUCUAAGGCUCAUUGAGUAGUUUGCAGAUAUAAACGUUUGAAAACGACAGUAUUUAUAGCAAAACUGUUACCAUUAUUAAUCUUUUUUUUUAAUGAAAGCAAUACAAAACAAGCAUCACCGUCA